AUGGGAUUUCUGCCCGAAGAAAGGUUUUUCACCCACAAAAAACCAUUUACAGCAACAGGCGUCGAUUACUUCGGUCCAUUUUACACCAAAGCAGAAAGAGGAACUCGAGCCUCAAAACACCUCCGCAAGCGGUACGGAGUAAUAUUCACAUGUCUGACGACUAGAGCAAUCAACGUGGAGAUAGCCCACUCCCUAGACACCGAUUCCUGCAUAAUGGCAGUUCGUAGAAUGAUGGCUCGACGUGGACCUAUACAAAUCAUCUGGUCAGAUAAUGGCACAAAUUUUCGCGGAGCAGCACGAGAGUUACAAGAAGCCCUAGAAGACCUGGAUGAGUGUGCCGUGAAAGAGUAUAUGGCAAGUAUUAAAAUAAUUUGGAAUUUCAUUCCAGCAAAUGCACCAAAUUUUGGAGGCUGCUGGGAGCGACUAGUAGGCUGUUUUAAACGGGCAAUUGAAGCAAUUUUAACAGUAAACGCAAAUCCCAGCUAUGAAACGUUGCAAACAAUUUUUAUGGAGGCAGAAUAUCUGGUCAACAGCAGACCAUAUAUACUGGAAUCUGAUGACCCCGACGACGAACUUGGUCUGUGUCCAAACGAUAUUUGUAUCCCGCAAAGCUGCAUACUCCUUGGCCCAGGCGACUUUACUCCCAAUACGAUGGAGAAACGAGCUUGGAGAAUCUCGCAGUACCAGAUAGACUCUUUCUGGAAACGUUUCAUUAUAGAAUAUCUUCCCACACUUAUACAUCGGGAGAAAUGGCAUAAAGAUGUGCCAAACUUGGAGGUCGACGACAUAGUUGUUAUGAAAGACAACACCCCGCGCGGCGAAUGGCCGCUCGGUCGAGUUAUGAAAGUUUUUCCAGGUGAAGAUGGAGUUGUACGCGUAGUCGAAUUGAAGACGGCUAAAAACACGUAUCGUCGCCCAGUCAACCGUCUAUGCAAAAUAGGAGUCAAGCGCUACGAUGAGAAGGAUCGUGCUCAAAAAAGGGAUUCCGCACUAGGGGCCGCUAUGUCGUAG